CUCCUCCCUGCCUCCGUCGCGCAUCGACCGGAUCCAACAUGCGGAACAAACCGACAAGUUGCGCCUCGGAUCGCUGAGGACGAGCGGACGGGACGCGUCUGGAUCCGGAGCCGGGGUGAUGGCGUGAAAAGCAGCUGUGUGGACAUCAAGAGCCGUCCACGGUCAGAAGCUUGUGAACCUGACAUGUGCACGCCCAGCGAGCGAGUAACCUGAGAUCCCGUCCCGAGGGGGAAACCAGGAUGCGUCCCGUUGCGUCAGAGCUUUCAGGCAGGACCGGCGUUGGAGGCAGCUGCUGCCGCCCGGCCGCGCUGCUCCUCCUGUGUCUUGGCUUUCUUCCCUGGGUGGCCGGUUGCCCGUCCGAAUGCCUCUGCGCCAGCGAUAUCGUUUCCUGCAGCGGCCGCAAUCUGUCCGCGCUGCCCUUUGAUCUCCCGAGCUACGCCACGCGGCUGGACCUGAGCCAUAACACCCUCACUGCCUUGCAAACCGACUGGCUUUCUCAGCCGUUCGACCGGCUGGCCACGCUGGUCCUCGGCAAGAACCGCAUAAGCCGAGUCGAGGCGAAUGCGUUCGCUUCGGCGCCACGCCUCCUCCACCUGGACCUCGCCUCCAACAGACUGACAGUGCUGAAUUCGUCCGUCUUCGCUGGGUUGAAGGAGCUCAAAGAGCUGCUGCUGUUUGGUAACCAGAUUGUGGAGAUCAACCCGGAAUCCUUCAGGGACCUUCACAGCCUGCAGAGGCUCUACCUCUCUUCAAACAAGCUGACGGCCUUCCCCCUGGAGCUUUACGAGGCGCCCGGAGGGCCGCGGAACCUCAGCUUCCUCGACCUGUCGUACAACAGGCUGUCCGAGUUGCCGGUUCAGAGCCUGCUGGCUCUCACACGCAGAGGAGGAAUUUAUUUGCAGGGGAACCCUUUGGUCUGCGACUGUGCUGCGCUGGCCUUGUUGGAGUACUGGGUCUGGAAGCAGUACCGCCCUCUGGUGGAUUUCAGAGGUGAAUAUCCAUGUAAGGAAGGCGUGGGACCGGGGUUCCACUGUCAGCGGCAAGGAGUGCCGGACGUACCGUUGGAGCUACAGAUGUACCAGGUGGAGCCUGGGAACUGGUUGAGAGUGCCAUGUCCAGGGUUGACUUUACCAGUACCGGAGGGGCAGAUCGUGUUCUGGCUUACCCCUACAACAGCACUAAAUUCCUCUGCUCCCCAACCAAGUGCCCACUUAACAGUUCUUCCCAACGGGACCCUUGAAAUCCAAGCGGCCCUGAUAGAAGACUCUGGUACGUAUGCGUGCGUGGCGUCCCGCGGUCGCCACUAUGGCCCCGGUGAAUCCCCCGAGGUCGCCGUGGUGGUGGGGAACCUGAGCAGUACCUCCGGCGGCGGCCUGGCCCACCGUAGCAGCGCGGAGCACUUCAACACGGCGUUCACCACCCUGGCUUCCUGCGUGGUCAGCAUCAUCCUGGUGCUGCUGUACUUGUACCUCACCCCCUGCCGCUGCCGGGGCGGCGGCGGCUCCAGAGGCUGCGGCGGACGGGCAAUAAUCCUCUGCUCGGACCCCAGGGAGGCGGAGUCGGGACAGCGGCGGUCCAAUGGGAAGAGGGUCGCCUUCAUGGAGCCUCAGGCCGAGGAUUCCUGCAUCGGCGAUCCGAAAACACCGGCGGUGAACUUGGAUCACAUCACCACCGAGGGAAUUCUCAAAAACGGAAGCAGGACAGUGGAGCAGACCUUCACAGACGCUUCUCAGAAAGUAUAGCAAGAAAAACAUUUUGCACAUUUCUGUCUGUUUGUUUUUUUAUGUCUUG